AUGCGGAGCUGGAUGCGAUUUUGGACGUUGGUGGCGAUGUGCGUGUUCGCUUGGGGAAGCACAUCUUUGGACACCACUGCACUCAGAUUGCCCGGAAGACAAUGGGCCUCAGCGUGGAUUCUGAUGGCAAGAAUGGUGUUUGGCAUCAACAUGACAGCCAGGAAUGCGCACUUGGAGUACCUGAACAGUACCUGGUUCUUGAGCUUCAACUUCCAUGCAGAUGUCGUUGGAACCGUUCUCAAAUGGAAUGUUGAAAAGAUAACUGCUGAUGGCUGCAAGAUCGAAAUUCUCGGUAUUGAGAUUGCUUCUGUGUGCGGCUACGUUGAGAGGCAUGUGAAGGACAAGCUGCAAACGCUUCUGGAUUCUGUUGAGAGGAUUGAUGCGCCCAAAAUCCUUCAGAAGCUCCAGGACAAGAUCAACACGGCGAUCGGCUCCAUUGUCAGGAUUCCUUUGAAGUUGAUCGGGCAUGCAGAGCUUGCCGAAGCAGUCGUCAUCUGA